UUUAAACAUGCGACCAGAUGAACAUAAAAAGAAGAAAAAUGCACAGUACAAAAAGAAACAUGGGAUAAAAGAAGAAAGAAAAGGGGAAACUAGCAAAGAUAAAAAAGGUUCUUCUGAAGAAAUAUUGGUGAACACAGUGAAAAGUGAUAUUAGCGACAGCUCGGAUAGCAGCCAUAACUCAAAUGUAGCCAGAUUUUCUCGACGGAUAGUGAAAAGUAACUGGGAAAAAUAUGAAUUACCCCCUGAGGAAGAUCCUUACAUCGGACCUACGCAAAAAGGAGAAAGCUUUGAAAAACUUUUGAGAUCUGAAGGGGCAUCAGCUGCUCAGUUCCGAUUUAAGGAUGAGGCAUUCUGGGAGGAGGAGGCUGCGGGUCCACACUACGAUCAGAUGUCUAUAGAUCUCAUGACUCUGGCUGACAGUCUGCAGUCUCUACCCCUGUAUCAAAAGCUGGGUAUCAGCAAAGAACAUUUUACAAAGGAACAACUACAAGUAAUGGAGACCCAGUCAAUGCAAAACUCGUUUGUAAAAGACAAUAUUCCUAAAGAAAAUAACCAACACUGUCCACCUCAAAGAAACCUCACUAAUGACACAAAAGAGAACCCCAAUUCUCAAAAGGACUUGUGCAAAAAUGGCAAGACUCAACCAAAAACUGACUUUGCUUGUGUGGAAACUGACCGAGGGAAUUCUAUUGUUCAAAAUUCAGAAACAGAAAUGAAAUACAAACCUUCCACUAUUGAGGACCAGGAACUUGAUGCACUGUUGUCCAUGGAAACAACUGAAAAAACACAAAAUCCAAAGAAUGUACACACUACAGGUGACACAGCUGAUGAUCUGGAGGACUGGCUAGACAGUAUUUUAGAUUAAGAGGAGAAAUUUCAGUGUUGAAAUUCUACACAGCUUUAAGUUGUCAUCAGGUGUGCAAGCUCCAUAAUGCACUAAUUAAAGAUAUUUAAUUAAAAGUGUUAACUUGUAAUGUUAUUGCAAUUUUAAAAAUGUUGUACAAUAUAGCAACAUCUCCCUUGUCUGAGUGGUCAGGGGAUUUGAUUUGUAAAUUUAGUGACCAUUUUCUGUAUACUUUCCUGUAUUUCAAGUUUGUGAGUUUCUUUUAUCUGAAAUACCAUGAUGAAAAAAUCUGUGCUUUCAUGUUUCUUAUCUAUGGGAUACAAUAUUAAAAAUGACUUGCAAAUUUCAUAUUCAUCCAUUUUAUGCCCCCUCCAUUGAUGACCACAGCGCUGAUUGUGAUAAAUUCCAUUCUGACAUUUUAGCAACUUUCAGACUACAUCACUUGUCAGGUUUAUCUUAAAUUUAUGUGUAAAUGAAGGUAAUGUUUGAGGUUUGGAGACAAUUUUUUUUUUCAAUUUAGGUUUAUAAUGUAUGUAGUCUUUUUCUUGAAGAAAUCUAAAUUUUAAUUGAAAUGCGAACAAUU